UAGUCAGUCCCGGUCCCUAGCUGGGUCGAUGGAUCCGGACGGGGGCGCUAUUCCAUUUCAGAGCAGCCUCAAAAUGGCGGACUAUGGGCACGAUUCUGGCGGUAGAGUGAAGGGCAUAAAUCUUGUCAAGCCUAUCGUCUAUGGCAAUAUCUCACGCUACUUCGGCAAGAAACGUGAAGAGGAUGGACACACUCAUCAGUGGACAAUCUACGUCAAGCCACAUCGAAAUGAGGACAUGUCGACUUACGUCAAAAAGAUCCAGUUUAAACUGCACGAGAGUUAUGCCAAUCCACUGAGAGUUGUCACGAAGCCACCUUACGAGGUUCAGGAGACAGGCUGGGGAGAGUUUGAGAUCAUUAUCAAGAUCUUCUUUGUGGAUCCAAACGAAAGACCAGUCACAUUGUAUCAUUUUCUCAAGCUCUUCCAGACGGACACGAAUCUCUUCCUAGGUAAAAAGACUCUGGUUUCAGAACACUAUGAUGAAAUGAUUUUCCAGGACCCAACUGCCAUGAUGCAACAACUUCUCUGCAGCUCCAGAGUUCUAACGUUAGGGGCUCACAAACAUGAGACAGAUUUUAAUGAACUUGAGGAAAAGACAGUCACUGCUCUCCAGUCUGCCCGGAAGAAGAUCCGAUUUGAGAUAACGGAGCUGAACGAACGGCUGAAGCAGAGCAAAGACACGAUCACACACUUCAAGGAAGAAAUCCGGAAACUGGAAGAACAGGAGAGGAAGAAAGAACGGGAGAAAGUCAAAGAGAAAGUCACAUGACAGAUCACAUGGUCACCAAGUCACCUGAAGACUGUCACCUGAUAUUAAGACUGGAUACAACUUGAAGCAUUUUGCCCUUGCUGCCUUGAAGCUGAUAUCACAUAGGAACGUUAAUAAACAGAAUCCAAUAAAGCACUCUGUUUCAUCUGUUUUAUUGAACUUUCCUCAGUACAAUAUAUUCCUUGUUACAUUGGUGUUAACAAGUGGAAGUGAAAGCAAGCCAACGCCAAAAUUAAUAAAGAUUUUGCCCUCCCUUUUAAUACAAGAAAUUAAAAAGGAUUGAUAGAGUCUCGCCCUGUCAGUUGUUUAUCACCGCAAUUCCACUUAUUCUAGAUCAGCUCUUAAUAUGCAUUGUGAAGCUAUUUCGAUAGCCCAUCCAUUUUGCUUGUAAGGACUGCUAAAUUGUGUAAAUAAAAUAAGUUUGAGUAGGUUGAGGUGCCUUGAACUUUG